GUUGCCCGGUCCGACCAGGUCAGCCCCGAGCCGCCUUUGUCUCGGCCUUCACCGUCCGAGGCUCCCGUGGAGAAAGCUCUGAUUACACCAACAUUCCAGGCUUCCCACGAUGAAGAGGAGGCACAGGAGGCCACAGCUGCGACGGAGGUCGAAGCUGGCGUCAGUGAUCCUGUCCUGGAGGCUUCGAGCGAUCAACUGGAGGAGGCUACGUGCCAGAUUGAGGCACCCGCCGUGGCCAAGGAGGUCGAAGCCAUCGUCAGAGAUCCUGUCGCCGAGGCUUCCGCCGAUCAAGAGGAGACAAAGGAGGCCACAGUCCAGGCAGAGGCUUCCCAUGGUCAAGAGGAGGCACAGGAGGCCACAGCCGAGACGGAGGUCGAAGCUGUUGUCACUGAUCCUGUCGUGGAGGCUUCCCAUGGUCACGAGGAGGCACAGGAGGACACAGCGGAGACGGAGGUCGAAGCUGUUGUCACUGAUCCUGCCGUGGAGGCUUCCCACGGCCAAGAGGAGGCACAGGAGGACACAGCCGAGAUGGAGGUCGAAGCUGUUGUCACUGAUACUGUGGAGGCUUCGCACGAUCAGGCGGAGGAGGCCACAUGCCAGAUUGAGGCACCCUCCGCGGCUCAGGAGGUCGAAGCGGACGUCAGAGAUCCUGUCGCCGAGGCGGCUGCAGCAGAGCAGCCUGAGCCUGCUGCACAGGGCGAGGGCUCAGAGGCCCAACCUGAGGACGGCUCAGCCGAGCAGGCUUCGCAGGAUCAAGCGGAGGCUGGGGAGGACAAGGAGGCCGCAGUCGAGACGGAGGAGCCCGAGGCUUUGCCUGAGCCGAAGGCUUCCAAGAGCCAGGAGGAGGUCGCCAGCCCAAGCUCAAGGCCUCCCAAGAGCUCUGCGAAGAAGAGGACUCGGCGCUAA